AUGGGAAAAGUUUCUAAGGAUAAAAGAGAUAUAUAUUAUAGACAAGCUAAGGAGGACGGUUAUCGUGCAAGAAGUGCCUACAAACUUCUACAGUUAGAUGAAGAAUUCCAUUUUUUUAAAUAUGUAACAAAAGUUGUUGAUUUAUGUGCUGCUCCAGGAAGUUGGAGUCAAGUUUGUUGUGAAAAAUUAGCUAAAAAUGCAAAUCAUCCUGUAUGUAAAGAAUACGAAAUGGAUAAAGAAAUUAAAAUUGUUGCUGUUGAUUUACAACCAAUAGCUCCAUAUCCUCCAGUAAUUACAAUUCAAGGAGAUAUAACAGAAGAAUCUACAGCUACCAAAAUAAUUGAAGCUGCAGAGGGGAAAGUUGAUUUAGUGAUAUGUGAUGGAGCUCCAGAUGUUACAGGACUUCAUGCAUUUGAUGAAUUUUUGCAAUCUCAAUUAGUACUUUCGGCUUUAAAUAUUACAACAAUAAUAUUAAAAGAAGGAGGGCAUUUUGUUGCAAAAAUUUUCCGUGCAAAAAAUAUUCAAUUAUUACAAACACAAAUGGAAAUGUUUUUUAAGAAAGUUGAAGUUGCUAAACCAAAAAGUAGCAGACAAAGUAGUUCUGAAUCUUUUAUUGUAUGCAUGGAUUAUACCCCUAUUCCCGACUACGUGCCAACAUUAAAAAAUCCAAUGUUUUUAAGUGAUUAUGAUAAAGAAAUUACAAAAUUAACUGGUAUUAAUAGAAAAAUUGUCCCAUUUCUUGCUUGUGGUGAUACUUCUGGAUGGGAUUCAGACAAAACAAAUAAAUUACCCGAAUUAAAAAGACCAGGUCUUUUGUAUGAUCCUUUAGAAAUAUUUCACAAUCCAAAAUAUAUGCCAAGAAAUCCGAUAGAGGCACCAAUAAAUCCAAACUACUCAACAUCUGUAUCGCUAAAAAAAGGAGACCGCUUAGAAAAAGUAGAACUUCCUAAAUCAGAUGUCUACAAAAACGUCUUAACAAAAAUUAAACUUCAAGUAGGACAGUUAGAUCCCGUUAGAUCUUCUUCAAGUUUAUCAAAUCCAAUUUCUGUUGACUCAUUAACAGAACUCUUUGACUAA